UGGAGCGAGGCGGCAGCAGGUAGCGCUGCCGGCGGAGCGGGCCGGGCCGGGCCAUGGGGAAGGUGCAGCUCUUCGAGAUCCGCCUGGGCGAGAGCCGCGUCGUCUACAGCCCCGGGGAGCCGCUGGCCGGCACCGUCACCGUGCGCCUGUCGGGCUCGCUGCAGUACCGAGCCAUCAAGGUGAGCUGCGUGGGGGCCGGUGGGGUGUCUAACAAGAUCAAUGACACAGCCUGGACCGUGGAGGAGCAGUACUUCAACAGCACUCUGUCCCUGGCAGACAAAGGGGUCCUGACAGCUGGAGAGCACAACUUUCCCUUCCAGUUCCUGCUGCCAGCCUCUGCUCCUACAUCAUUUGAAGGCCCCUUUGGCAAGGUGCUGCACCAGGUGAAGGCUGUGAUAGACACACCUCGCUUCUCCAAGGACUACAAGUGCAACAGGAUCUUCUAUGUGCUCUGCCCUCUCAACCUGAACGACAUCCCUGACAUCGAGCAGCCCAACACUAUGUCAAUCACCAAGAAGUUCAACUACAAGCUUGUGAAAAGUGGCAACAUCAUCCUGACAGCCACCUCGGAUCUGAAGGGCUACAUCGUGGGGCAAGCGAUCCAGCUGCGCACCGACAUCGAGAACAAGUCAGGCCGGGACACCGGGGCCGUGGUGGCCAGCCUGCUCCAGAAAGUGGCUUACAAAUCCAAGCGCUGGAUUUACGACCUGAGGACCAUCGCUGAGGUGGAAGGCUCAGGAGUCAAAGCCUGGAAGCACGCAGAGUGGAAGGAGCAGAUCCUCGUUCCAGCACUGCCCCAGUCCAUCCUGCAGGGCUGCAGCCUCAUCCAUAUUGACUACUACAUCCAGGUUUCUCUCAAGUCACCGGAGGUUUCUGUCACUCUGCCCAUCUACAUCGGUAACAUUGCUGUGAACAGGGUCCCCCUGAGCCCGGCGCGCUCCGUGCAGCACGUGCCCUCUGCAGUGGUGCCCAGUGCCCCCCCGGAGGAAGAGGAGGCUGCGGGUGGCUACCACCCGAUGGACAAUGUCUCGAUCCCCACCAAAAGCCAUUCCCAGCAGCAGCCGUUCAGCUACGCCCCAGGACUGAGCUUCCAGGAGCUGAGGGCGGACUCUGAGCAGACAGGCUCCCCCAGCCACCCCACGCUCUGCCUCUCAACGGGAGCCACUGUCCCUUACUACGCAGAGGGGAACGUGGUGCCCGUGCCCACGGCCAGCUCCCUCAUCCUGCCUCCCGAGUACAGCACCUGGGGCUACCCCUACGAGGCACCUCCCUCCUAUGAGCAGAGCUGCAGCAGUGCCAACUCCAGCAUCAGCAAUGGCAACUAGCCCUUCCCAGCUUCGAGCCCCGCUGGCACUGCCCACCCUGGGCGCCGUGGUUCAUCUGCCUGCUGCAAAGGCUGCUACAGCACAAGGUGGCUUCUUCUCUGGCUGGCUGCUCGGUGGGGUCAGUGGCACAGCCCAGGUCGGGCUUUUGAAGUCUCUUUCUAGGGAGGAGGGGGGGGAAAAACCAACCAACCAAACAAGAGAGCAGCCAGAGCAGCCUGUGUGUGCGUGUAGGAGGGGACUCCUGCUGCCUCACCCAGUGCUGGAGAGCUGGUUCUGCCCCCGGGGUGCCCUCUGCAGCAGCCUGUGUUUAAAGUACUGUAGCCAACACUAACUGCUUUCCUACCCAAGCACCUGCGAUGCCUUAUCCGAAACGCUCCUGGCUGGGCAAGUUUCCACUCUAGGCGAGGGCUGGGCUCUGUGCACGUCCUCCCUUCUCUCUGCAGGGGCCAUGUGCUCUCCAGAAAUGGUUUGUGACAGCCUUUCUUCUCCUCCUCGUAGGUCCUGAGGGUAGGUGAAACAGGAGGUUUCUUGGAGUGAGCAGGUUCAGAAGGUCAGGGACUCUUCCAAAGCCACAAGCACAAGCCCUGGCUGUCGCUGUGCUGGGGGGUGACUGCCCAGCAGCACUGGGGGUUGACUGCCCAGCAGCCUUUGCUCCCCUCUCUGGACCUCUGCCUGUGUACACUGGGAGGAGAGCAGGCUCUGGCAGCAGGAAGCUUGCCACGGCGUUGCUCAAGACCCAAGAGGCCCUGGUGAACUGUGGAGGGCGAGCCUGGUGGUACCAUGGGGUACCAGCCAGCCAGCUCCUGGUACCGUGGGGUACCACCAGCCAGCUCCUGGCCUUUGUUACCAAGGGCAGCUUUUCACAAGCCCUGUGGGGACCAUGCUCGCUGCCAGAGCGCAGCACCCAGGAUGAGCAGCACAGCCUGCAAGCCGGGCACCAGCUCCCUCUGCCCCAUCUGCGCCCCCUGCAGGGUGCCCUCUCCAUCCCCCCUGCCGCUGUCUUUGGCAGGCCAGAUUUACAUGACAAUCAAGUUACAAAAUCUGUCCAAUGCUACCUCUGAGUCUGCCCAAGGACCCUGGGGGUGGCAGCCCUUCCCUGGGGCUGUCCCUCGCUCCAGGCUCAGCCUGGCAUCCGGCAGGAGCGGGCCAGGCUGCCGCGGCCCAGCACGAGGGCAGGUGGCCCGGGGACUGCGCUCCCUGCAGGACGGUGCUGGUUCACUGCUUGUCCCCUGAGCCACCUCUGGGGCCCCAAAAGCGAGCAAGAGGGGACACAAAGUGCUACUGCUCAGCUGCAGCCUGUGCUGGAGCUGACAGGCCGGGGGAAGAAGCUGGUGGGUGCAAACCACCCUGUUUUGUUUUGGUUUGUUUUGUUUUGCUCUUUGGUUUCUUGAACCCUUCCCCUUGUUGAGCUUUUUGACUGCCCAAAAGCUGAGGAAGCCACACACCAGAGAGAUCAGAGCCACAGGCCUCCUGCCAGGGCUCAGACUGUGGACUGCAGACCUUUGGGACUGCCUCAUGCUGGGUGGGCAGCACCUGAGGAACCUCUUAGGAGCGCUUACAGCCUCUGCACCCCUGCUGGCAGGCAGGCAGGCAGGCAGGCAGCUGGGGCCAGGCCCUGCUUUGCACUCUCCCUUUGCAAAUGCUUUUUAUUUUGUUUUAUCUCUUCUGAGCUUUCUUAAGUGUCUGAAGCUCUUUAAGGGUAAAAGGUAGAGAAGUUGUCCUCCUGAGCAGUGCUGGCACAACAUGCACCAAUGGUGAGAGAAUGAUUGUCAUUGACCCUGAAUAUAUAUAAAUAUAUAUAA